CUCAUAAAGCUAUUGCUAUGGAAAGGUUCAUCACCUUGCUUCUGUUGUGCUUUUCAUUGUUGCACGAUACUGCCAUUUCCAUUACCAUAGAAACCAUUAGCACUUCACAAUCCCUCACUGAUGCUGACAUCAUGCUUUCACCUAGCAGAACCUUUGCAUUGGGAUUCUUCAGUAGUCCAGAAAAUUCCAAAAAUCGUUACCUUGGAAUAUGGUACAAUAGAGUAUCAACAACCACCGUUGUAUGGGUUGCCAAUAGAAACAAACCACUCUACCACUCAUCCGGAGAGUUGAAGAUCGCCAAAGACGGGAUUCUAGAGCUUUACAACAGUAGCACCAUUGCUUGGUCUUCCAACUCAUCAAGAUUUUCACAGAAACCCGUUAUUGCGGUUCUUUUGGAUUCUGGUAACUUCGUUGUGAAGGAAGCAGUCAGAAACAAUGACGAUUCAACAAGUUUUCUUUGGCAGAGUUUUGAUUACCCUGGUGACACUUUGCUACCAGGGAUGAAGCUUGGAAUCGAUUUAACAACCGGCAUGAAUAGGUACCUAACUUCGUGGACAAGCCGCGAUGAUCCAUCUUCAGGCAACUACACAUUUCAGCUUGAUAUCACUGGGUAUCCGCGAUUAUGUAUAAGAAAUGGCGAAUCCAAGGAGCAUUGUGGUGGAUCUUGGAAUGGUGUUCGGUUUAGUGGAAUUCCUCUGCUAAAACAGAAUUCCAUAUUCAACUAUUACUUUGUCUCUAACCAAGAAGAGAUAUAUUAUACAUUUGAGCUUGUUAAUAGCUCAGUCUAUUCAAGGUUUUCGCUAACCGUGGAUGGAAUCAUGACGCGUUAUGUCUGGAAUGCUAAGAAUCAAAGCUGGAGCAUCUAUCUAGCAGUACCAAAGGACUUGUGUGAUUAUUAUGGCAAAUGCGGCGUGUAUGGUAGUUGUAACAUAGACAACUCCCCAGUAUGUGGAUGCUUGAAAGGAUUUGAACCUAGGGUCCCAGAAGAAUGGAAUCAAGCUGAUUGGUCUAAUGGCUGCAACAGAACUAAUUCGUUAAGCUGUCGCGGAGAUGGAUUCGCGAAAUUUUCUAGUCUCAAGUUACCGGACACAGAGAGGACAUCAUGGUUAAACAAAACUCUGAGCCUUGUGGAAUGUGCUGAAAUCUGCAUCAGAAACUGCUCUUGCACUGCUUAUGCUGCAUUAGAUAUCAGGAAAGAGGCAAGUGGAUGUUUACUGUGGUAUGGUGACUUAAUAGAUAUUAGAGUACUGAAUGAUCCACAACAAGAUAUUUAUGUCAGAAUGUCAAAGAAAGAUCUAGAUGAAGAUGAAAAUUUGAAACACAAAUCCGACAUCCGAAAGCUGCAGAUUAUUGUUUCUAGCUCAGUCAUAUCUGUAGGGAUUUUGAUCCUCUGUCUAUCCUUCACCCUGUAUAGAUGCAAGAAGUACAAAAAAAACUAUAGAAGCAUGAGAGGCAAACCAGAAACAGAUGCACAUGCAAUACAAGAGCAUCAAAAGGAGGAAGAACUAGAUCUACCCUUGUUUGAUUUAGCUACAGUUAUUUCUGCAACCGAUAACUUCUCUAUCAAUAACAUCUUGGGAAAAGGUGGUUUUGGAACUGUUUAUCAGGGUAUGCUGGAAGAUGGAAGAGAAAUAGCUGUUAAGAGACUCUCAGAAAAUACUAGACAAGGUCUUCAAGAGUUCAAAAGUGAAGUAAUGCAUAUAGUCAAACUUCAGCAUAGGAAUUUGGUGAAGCUUCUAGGAUGUUGCAUUGAAGCAGAUGAAAGGAUGUUGGUGUAUGAGUUUAUGCCAAAUAAAAGCUUGGACUACUUCAUAUUUGAUAAUGAGAGGAGCAUAUUAUUAGAUUGGCCUCAACGCUUUCUUAUCAUUAUUGGCAUUGCACGAGGUCUUCUUUAUCUCCAUCAAGAUUCAAGACAUAGAAUAAUUCAUAGAGAUCUUAAAGCUGGAAAUAUUUUGUUAGAUAAUGAAAUGAAUGCUAAGAUUUCUGACUUUGGAUUAGCCCGAAGCUUUGCAGGAAAUGAAAAUGAAGCAAGUACAGUAACUAUUGUUGGAACUUAUGGAUAUUUAUCACCAGAGUAUCUUAUUGAUGGAAUAUUCUCAACAAAAUCUGAUGUCUACAGUUUUGGUGUGCUACUAUUAGAGAUUGUUAGUGGAAAGAGAAAUAGAGGAUUCAGCAAUAAAAAUCAUCGCUUUAAUCUUUUAGGGCAUGUGUGGACAUUUUUCAUGGAAGGUAACUGCAUAGAAAUAGUUGACACAUCCAUCAGAAAUGCAGCCAAUUUAUCCGAAGUCAUGAGAGCAAUUCAUGUGGGCCUAUUAUGUGUGCAACAAAGUCCAGAAGACAGGCCGAGCAUGUCGUAUGUGCUUAUGAUGCUGAGUAGUGAAUGGAUAUUGCCUCAACCAAAAAUGCCUGGCUUCUUUACCGAGAGAGAUUUGGUUGGUAGCAGCACCACUUCAUCAAUUAAUGGACUCACAAUCACUCAGAUGGGAAUGAACAUGAGCAUAAUGAUGAAAAGCUUCUUCACCUUGCUUCUGUUUGGUUUUUUCUCUGUUCUGAACAAUAUGGUGGCUUCUACUGCAAGCGAUGCUAUUGAUACCUUGCAAUCCAUAAGUGAUAAUAAGGGUGACACCAUGGUUUCAGCUGAUGAAACCUUUGCACUUGGAUUCUUCAGCCCAAGAAAUUCCAAGAACCGUUACAUUGGGAUUUGGUAUAACAAAGUCCCAAUACAGACAGUUGUAUGGGUUGCCAACAAGGAUAACCCCCUCACUGACUCCUCAGGGGUCUUGAAGGUCAACGCCACCGGAAUUCUCCUCCUUCUCAACGGUAACAAGGAAGUAAUAUGGUCCUCCAACACAACCGGACCGGCGAAAGAUCCGGUUGCAAAGCUUUUGAGUUCUGGAAAUCUUGUGCUGCAAGAAAGAAGCAACAACAGAGCGGACGGCUUUUUAUGGCAGAGUUUCGACUAUCCAUCCGACACGCUUCUGCCUGGACAGAAGUUUGGAGUGAAUCUAGUCACAGGACUGAACCGAUACUUGACAUCGUGGAAGAAUUCGGAUGACCCUUCUCGCGGUAACUAUACUUAUGGACUGGAUAUCCAUGGGUACCCGCAGUUAUUUAUAAGGGAAGGUAGUGCCAAAAGAUUUCGUUUCGGAUCAUGGAAUGGUGUUCAGGUUAGCGGGGUAGCUCAGUUGACAGAGAAUCCAAUAUUCAUUUAUGAAUUUAGUUAUAAUGAGGAAGAAGCAUAUUUUAUAUAUGAGCUAAUCAAUAGUUCAGUUCUUCAUAGGCUUCGAUUGUCACCAGAUGGAUUUAGCCACCGUACUACUUGGAGCUAUGAAAAAAUGGAAUGGAUCACUUUUUUCCACAUACCAGCGGAUUCCUGUGAUUACUAUGCAAAAUGUGGUGGUUAUGCUAGCUGUAAUGUAAACAAAUCUCCUAUAUGUAAUUGCUUGGAUAAAUUUGUGCAAAAUGGAACAAAAUGUGUAAGGAAAACUUCACUGAACUGCCAUGAAGACGGGUUCUUGAAGUAUUCGGGGCUAAAAUUACCGGACACAGAUAAAUCAUGGUUUGAUAGAACCAUUAGCCUUGAAGAGUGCAGGAUUUUGUGCUUGAAGAACUGCUCAUGUACAGCUUAUGCACCUUUAGAUAUCAGCAGCGGUGCAAGGGGGUGUUUACUUUGGUUUGAUGAUUUGAUGGAUAUGAAAGAGUUGAAUUCAUCUCUUCAAGAUGUUUACAUAAGGAUGGCAAAGACAGAAUUAGGAAGUUUAGAAGUGCAGAAAUCAAACAAAUCCAACACUAGGAGGAAGCAAGAGGCUAUCAUUAUAAGCUCCUCUUUGUUGUCUUUUGGGGUUUUAGUCUCUUGCUUGGCAUUGGUCUUUUAUAAAUGGAAGACAAGGCAACAAGGCAGAAAUAUGAGAAGAAAUCAAGAAACAAAAGCAAGUGUAACAAAUGAUGAACAGCAUGAGGAAGAUAUAGAUUUACCCUUGUUUGACAUUUCUACAAUUGCUUCAGCAACAAAUAACUUUUCAAGUGAUAACAUACUGGGACAAGGUGGUUUUGGAUUAGUCUAUAAGGGUAUUUUAGAAGAUGGAAGAGAAAUAGCUGUCAAAAGACGUUCACAGAAUUCAACCCAAGGACUCAAAGAAUUCAAAAAUGAAGUUAAGCAUGUUUCUAAACUUCAGCACAGGAAUUUAGUGAAGCUACUAGGGUGCUGUAUUCAAGCAACAGAGAGGCUUCUGAUUUAUGAAUUUAUGCCCAAUAAGAGCUUGGACUUCUUCAUAUUUGAUGAACAGAAGGCUAAGUUACUAGGUUGGCCGACACGUUUGCAUAUAAUCAAUGGAAUUGCUCGAGGUCUUCUUUACCUUCAUCAAGAUUCAAGACAUAGAAUAGUUCAUAGAGAUCUCAAAGCCGCCAAUGUAUUGUUAGAUGCAGAAAUGAACCCAAAAGUAUCGGACUUUGGAUUGGCUAGAAGCUUCGGAGGAAAUGAAGUUGAAGCAAGCACACAAAAUGUGGUUGGAACCUAUGGAUAUCUAUCACCAGAGUAUGUAAUCGAUGGAGUGUACUCGACAAAAUCCGAUGUAUUUAGCUUUGGUGUGUUGGUAUUGGAAAUCGUAAGUGGGAAGAGAAACCGAGGCUUCAAUCAUCAAGAUCACCACUUUAACCUUCUUGGUCAUGCAUGGAGAUUGUUUACAGAAGGCAAAGGCUAUGAAAUAGUUUGUAAUGCAAUAAGAGACACAUCGAAUUUAUCUCCGGUUCUAAGAUUGAUCCAUAUAGGACUACUAUGUGUGCAGCAGAAUCCAGAUGACAGACCAAGCAUGUCAAGUGUGGUUUUAAUGCUGAGUAGUGAAUCUGCAUUACCUCAACCUAAAAUGCCUGGAUUCUUUACAGAGAGAGAGAUGGGAGGUGAUGUUUCUUCAUCAAGUAGUUAUAAAGCAGUCUCAAAUAAUGAUUAUACAGUUAGUCUAUUGGAAGCUCGAUAGACGAAGAUAGGUGGCAUUUUCGUGUAUUUUAUUUAAUUAGAAUGAGACCCGGCGUUGUCCGAAUUUAAAUAAAUAAUAAAAGUGAUUAAUAAUA